GGAGGUUGCGCGCAGGCGCACCGGGAAAGAAAGCCUCUCUUAUUCGGCCGUCCCUUGCCAACCAGCUGCAGGCAGAGCUCGCAAAUAGUCAUUUCCGGGAAACAGGCGCUUGCUUUGCGGGGUGCGACAUGGAGACCACUAGUGGAACCGCUGAGCCGGUUUCCGGGGAACUGGUGUCCGUGGCACAUGCUCUUUCUCUCCCAGCCGAGUCUUAUGGCAACGAUCCUGAUAUUGAGAUGGCUUGGGCCAUGAAAGCAAUGCAGCAUGCUGAAGUCUACUAUAAGCUGAUUUCAUCAGUUGACCCACAGUUGCUGAAACUCACCAAAGUGGAUGACCAAAUCUAUUCUGAGUUUCGGGAAAAUUUUGAGAAACUCAGGAUAGAUGUGUUGGAUCCAGAAGAGCUCAAAUCAGAAUCAGCUAAAGAGAAGUGGAGGCCAUUCUGCUUGAAGUUUGAUGGGGUUGUAGAAGACUUCAACUAUGGUACUUUGCUGCGACUGGAUUGUUCCCAGGGCUACACUGAGGAAAACACCAUCUUUGCCCCCAGGAUACAAUUUCUUGCAAUUGAAAUUGCUCGGAACCGAGAAGGCUAUAACAAAGCAGUGUACACCAGUGUUCAUGACAAAGAAGAAGAGAAAGAAGGCAACCAGGGAAGAGAGAAAGGAACUGACAGUGGAGGGGCAGAAGAGAAAGGAGCCAACAGAGGAGAGAAAGCAAAAAGCAACAAAGGGGAAGAAAAAGAGAAAGGAGCCAACAAAGAAAUCAGCAAGAGUGGUGAAACAGCUAUGUAAGGUAGACAAGGAAUAGCACUCUGGAAGCUGUGACUCAACUAUGUCUCCAGAUACCACGAUGCUACUUGCACAGACCCCUGUGGUUACAUGAAAGACAUAUAGAAGGACACCUUUCUUGCCUAAUAAUCAAGAGCUACUGUGGUGGUUCUCUUGUAUGAACCAGAUUAAAGGCUAUUAGUAGGGUCUUAGUUGAGCAUUUCUUGGUAUAGUGUUUCUUGGUUCUCACCACUGGUCAAGUAAGAAAUUUUAUGAAUAAAUUUCUUUUGGCUCUUAUGACUGUAUCUAUAAUUGACUCUUAAAAGGUAGUUCAAAUUAUUUAACACUUCCGAUUUUUUUCAGGUAUAUAAUCUCUUUGUCAUGUCUUGUAUAAAAUGAUUUGUGCCUGUCUUUAAAUGCUUAUCAUUGUUUCCUGCAGUGAAGUUUCCUCAAACCUGUUAAGUUGUAUAUGGUUUUGGGAUUAGAAGUUCCUAUGUAAGAAUUGAUUCCUGCUAUUUGAGUAUAGCUUUCCAAUUUUCUUUGAUAUAUCUUGCAAAAUAUUUGGUGAAUACUCUGGAGAUAAGAGCUGGGGCCUGAACCUGUCAGACCAGUGAAUGCAGCCCAGUUCACAUUAGAAGAGCAGGGCGCUGCACCUGCUAAGUACCUGCUUCUCUUCUCGUACCCAAGUUGUUAUCUGAAAGCUAGCAGAAAUUAAUAAUUAAAUAUAAAGCCUGGUAGAGUGACUUCCCUUUUCUGAUGCUAUGGACAAUGGCAUAAUUUACAUGGUAACAGCAAAUGAACAUUUUUAAAUGAUAUUUUGUCAGACUCCAAAAAUAGACCAGUUGAUUUUAUAUAGAUGGAGGGGUUUCUUUUCAUCUAAUGACUCUCAGGAGUGUGUGUUUCAGUUAUCUUUACAUACGUAUAAAGGCUUGUGCAUGUCACCAUAGACCUCCUGACUUGGAUUGCUAUGGGUGUUAUACGCAAGUAAUGAAUCAUGGAAUUUUGCAUCAAAAACUAGGGAUGUACUGUAUUGUGACUAACAUCAUAUAAUAAAAAAUUAUUAUAAAAAAACUAGUUAGAGGAAGCCACAGUGUUUAUAGUGCAUACAGUAAAUACUCUUAAAACUCUAAGCACAGCAAGAUCAUUCGGGAAAGGAUUUAUCAGAGCAGAAAAGGGGGAGAAGUGAGGCUUUUUUCCCUGGUGGGCGUAGAAGAAAAAUAAAAGUUAAGCUUAAUCAAUGAAUCAUUUUCUAGGCAGGAGCUGAACUAGAGAUACAUAAAGCUAGCAGCAACAGUUGUGCACAAAGCAAAUAGGUUUCCCUAUGGAUGCGUUUUAGCCAAUUCUUAAAAAUAUUUAAAACAUUUUUUAGACUUUUCAUUUUAUAAAAAAUGCUUUUAAAUGGGUCGGAGAGUGUUAAAUACUUCAUACUAGACAGACUUUUAAAAAUCAAGAACUUCCUUUGCUGUAUUGACUUUGUCUGGUUCAUACAUUCUUAAAUAUCUGCGAACACUCGUCCAUACACAUUGCCUGAGGGACUGGGGAAGAAUAAAGAUUACUGGCUGCAUACGA